AUGGCGCUUAGUUUGUACGGCUUGAUUUCAUCCGCCGAGCGCGAUUUCAUCAUCAACGGGGUAAAUGAUGAUAUGAGGACUGAUGGCAGGACUUGCAACGACUUUCGAGUGAUUGAAAUGGAAACAGGCUGUAUUGAAACAACAAACGGCUCCGCUCGCGUGAGAAUCGGCUCAACAGAACUCCUGGUUGGAGUAAAAGCAGAACUUGAAAAAGCAACACUCGCUGAUGGCGACGCUGGACGACUUGAAUUUAGCGUCGAUUGCAGUCCAAAUGCUACGCCGAUGUUUGAGGGAAGACGCGGUGGACAAGAUAUUGAGGCGGAAAUUGCGACUUUAUUCAACAGAUUUUAUCAAGCAGAAGAAUUUAUGGACAGAAAAAAAUUAACUGUCGUGCCGAAUGCGUGGUGCUGGGUGCUUUAUGUCGAUAUUUUGAUCUUGGAAGUUGGCGGCAAUCUGGUGGACGCAUCAAGCAUCGCUGUCAAAGCUGCCCUACUAGACACACGGUUGCCGCUUUUGAACAUUGAAAAAGGCGACGAGGACGAGUUCGACAUUCAAGUCAGCGACGAUCCUUUGGACGGAGAGGAGCUUGAUGUUCACCCGCCACUGACUGUAACUGUUGCGAAGCUAGGACAUAGAUAUAUUGUUGACCCGACGGAUGAAGAAGAAGCUGUCACUCUUGCGAGCUUGAUUGUUUCAGUAAAUGAAAACGGAGAGGCUAGAGGGAUGAAGCAAUCAGGAAAAGGAAGCCUUGAUCCUUCCUCAAUCAUCGAAAUGAUCUCUAUCGCGAAAAAAGCUGCAAAAACCCUUCACAGAUCAGUCAACCGAGCCGUGGCCGCUACAGAAGACGAAGAUAUUCGGCGGCUGUGA